UCCAUCACGAGAGGAUCGCCGUCGCUCGAGUCCGCUUUUUUGCCCGCUUAGCACUCUUCCCGCCUCUGUGAGAGGGAGACCCUGCCGCCGUGCCGGGGCUCCUCUUCCCCUCCUUCUGCUUUUGGCUCCUGCAAUCUGGGGGGCGCCGCGCGGCUUUUCGCCCCCUCGGGCGCGCCUCGAGCGCUUGGUGCAGGCUUGUGCCCGCGGAGGAGCCGCUCUGCCUGGCGCUGGGCGUGGCCCAAGCGCUCUCGGCAGCCGCGGGGCAGCGCCAGCAGCAGCAGCAGCAGCAGGUACCGGCAGCGGCGGCUGCUGUGCUGGGCAUCGCCAGGUGCCGCUGCUGGCGCUGGCCUGGGGGGGCCGCUGUGCUGCAUUGCGGGGCAGGCGCCUCCUCCGCCUCCUCCCACUUCUUUCCUUCCCCCGGAGGGAGCGGGACUAUCUGGGCCGGGCAGCAGAGCUGUCCCUGGGCAGGAAUGUCCCUGCUCGCCCAGAUAAUGUUAUUUAUAUCGCCGGCUGGCAGGGCGGCUCCGCACAGCGCUCCCAGGACCGUAGCGGCCCCCUUGGGGCUCUGUCUCGCCGCCGCCCCGCACUGCUACUGCUGCUCUUGCCCUAGACAGGGGCCUUUUCAUGCUAACUAAAAGAAGAACCACUGCAAAACGUCCAGAACAUGACAUCAGCCACUGAUUUUGAUCACUUGGAGAUUCAGCAGCAGUACAGCCGGAUCAAUGCUCGUUGGGAAGCCUCUGAUGAUGAGCUGGACAAUGACAACAGUUCUGCUAGGCUCUUUGAGAGAUCCCGGAUCAAAGCUCUGGCAGAUGAGCGGGAAGCCGUGCAGAAGAAAACGUUCACCAAAUGGGUGAAUUCUCACCUGGCACGUGUAACCUGUCGCAUUUCUGACCUGUACAUGGACCUCAGAGAUGGACGUAUGCUUAUAAAACUGCUGGAGGUGCUUUCAGGAGAGCAACUGCCCAAGCCCACCAAGGGGCGCAUGCGUAUCCAUUGCCUGGAAAAUGUGGACAAGGCUCUGCAGUUCCUCAAAGAGCAGCGUGUACAUCUGGAGAACAUGGGGUCUCAUGACAUUGUUGAUGGCAACCAUCGUCUGGUGCUGGGCCUCAUCUGGACAAUCAUCCUGCGCUUCCAGAUACAAGACAUCAUUGUUCAGACUCAAGAAGGCCGGGAGACCCGUUCUGCAAAGGAUGCAUUGUUGCUAUGGUGUCAAAUGAAAACUGCAGGCUACCCCCAUGUUAAUGUCACCAAUUUCACCUCCAGCUGGAAGGAUGGCUUGGCUUUCAAUGCCCUUAUCCACAAGCACAGGCCUGAUCUGAUUGACUUUGAAAAACUGAAGCACUCUAAUGCCCGGCACAACUUGGAGCAUGCUUUCAGUGUGGCAGAGCGGCAACUUGGCAUCACGCAGCUUCUUGACCCAGAAGAUGUCUUCACAGAGAAUCCAGAUGAGAAAUCCAUCAUCACCUAUGUAGUUGCCUUCUACCACUACUUCUCCAAGAUGAAGGUGCUUGCUGUGGAAGGGAAGAGGGUUGGAAAGGUAAUGGACCAUGCGAUGGAGACUGAAAAGAUGAUAGAUAAGUAUAGUGGGUUGGCUUCAGACCUGCUGACGUGGAUAGAACAGACCAUUAUCAUUCUCAACAGCCGCAAGUUUGCUAAUUCUCUGGCAGGCGUGCAACAGCAGCUCCAGUCCUUCAGUACAUACCGCACAGUGGAAAAACCGCCCAAGUUUCAGGAGAAGGGGAACCUGGAAGUCCUUCUAUUUACCAUCCAGUCAAGAAUGCGCACCAACAAUCAGAAAGUGUAUACUCCUCAUGAAGGAAAACUAGUGUCUGACAUCAACCGGGCCUGGGAGAAGUUGGAGAAGGCGGAGCAUGAGCGGGAGCUGGCACUGAGAAAUGAGCUUAUUAGGCAGGAGAAGUUGGAACAGCUUGCUCGACGCUUUGAUCGCAAGGCAGCAAUGCGGGAGACAUGGCUCAGUGAAAACCAGCGCCUUGUUGCACAGGAUAACUUUGGGAAUGAUUUGCCAGCAGUGGAAGCAGCAAAGAAGAAGCAUGAAGCUAUUGAAACGGACACAGCUGCCUACAAGGAGCGUGUCCAGGCCAUAGAGGAGGUGGCCAUGGAGUUGGAGACGGAAAACUACCAUGACAUCAAGCGCAUCAAUGCUCGCAAGGACAACAUCCUGCGGCUCUGGGAGUAUCUGUUGGAACUGCUGAAGGCCCGGCGCCGGAGGCUGGAGAUGAACCUUACACUGCAGAAGCUCUUCCAAGACAUGUUGCACAAUAUUGACUGGAUAGAUGAGACAAAAGUAAAACUCUUGUCUCCUGAAAUUGGGAAGCACUUGUUGGAAGUGGAAGACCUACUUCAAAAGCAUAAACUGAUGGAGGCUGACAUGGCCAUUCAGGCUGAGAAGGUCCGUGCUGUCAGUGCAGCUGCCCUUAAAUUUGCCAAUGGAGAUGGUUAUCGGCCUUGUGACCCAAAGGUGAUACGAGAUCGUGUGAAUCAUCUGGAGUUGUGUCACCAAGAGCUGAUGACGUUGGCUGCAGCAAGGAAAGCUCGCCUGGAGCAAUCCAAGCGCCUUUGGAAGUUCUUCUGGGAACUGGAUGAAGCUGAAAGCUGGAUCAAGGAGAAAGAGCAGAUCUAUUCCUCCCUGGAUUAUGGGAAAGAUCUGACUAGCAUUCUUAUCCUUCAGAGGAAGCACAAGGCCUUUGAGGAUGAGCUACGUGGCCUGGGAGCCCACCUGCAGCAGACCAUCAAAGAGGGAGAAACCAUGAUUGCUCAGAAGCAUUUUGGAGCACCCAACAUCCGUAGCAGGAUUGAAGAAGUGAAAGCCCUCUGGGCCCAGCUGCAGGAACUGGCAGCUUUCCGCAAAAAAAACCUGCAGGAUGCUGAGAACUUCUUCCAGUUCCAAGUAGAUGCAGAUGAUUUGAUGGCUUGGCUACAGGAUGCCAGUCGCUUGGUGUCCAGUGAUGAUGUGGGGCAUGAUGAAUAUUCCACUCAAGCUCUGGUUAAAAAGCACAGGGACCUCAUAGAUGAGGUAGCAGACAAUAGGAGAAUCAUGGACAAUCUAUACAGGCAAGCACAGAGCUUCCCCAAUGAGUUCCGGGAUGUCCCAGGAUUUGAGAACAGACUGAAAGGCAUCCAGGCAACUUAUAAUGAAGUUGUAACCCUUGCAGAUCUGCGCAGACAGAAGCUGCAGGAUGCUCUGGAUCUCUACACAGUUUUCAGUGAGACAGAUGCAUGUGAGCUUUGGAUGAGUGAGAAGGAGAAGUGGUUGGAACAAAUGGAGAUUCCUGAUACCCUGGAGGACUUGGAUGUUGUGCAGCACAGAUUUGAUAUAUUGGAGCAGGAAAUGAACAAUCUGGCAUCUCAGAUUGAAGGGGUCAACCGAGCAGCCAGAGGCCUAAUAGAAAGUGGGCACCCACGCAGUGGGCGAGUGAGGCAGUGCCAAGAGUCUCUGAAUACCAGGUGGAAGAUUUUCCAGGAGAUGGUGGCUCAGAGGAGGAAAGCUGUAGACUUUGCCCUCAGCCUCCACAAUUACUGUGUGGAUUGUGAGGAGACAAGGAAAUGGAUCCUAGAGAAAACCAAAGUCAUAGAGUCUACACAGGACCUUGGUAAAAACCUGGCAGGCAUGAUUGCCAUGCAGAGGAAGUUAUAUGGCAUUGAGCGUGAUUUAGCAGCCAUCCAGGCUCGGCUUGAAGCUCUGCAGCGGGAAGCACACCGUCUCACUAGAGAACAACCGGACCUGGCCAACGACAUCUGGAGCCGACUGACGGCUGUCACUGAAGUCUGGCAGGACCUACAGAACACACUGCAGAGCCAGGAGGCCUCUCUUGGAGAGGCUAGCAAGUUGCACAAGUUCUUGCAGGAUUUAGAUGACUUUCAGGCAUGGCUCUUCAAGGCACAAAAAGCUGUUGCUUCAGAAGAGGUGCCCAACUCCCUAGCAGAAGCUGAGCACCUCCUACAGCAGCAUGCUUCAGUUAAGGAAGAGAUUGAUCAACACAAGGAUGAUUACAGCCAUGUCAAGGAGAUAGGAGACAGGGUGACUCAAGGGCAGACAGAUGUAGAGUAUCAGCAGCUGGAGCAACGGCUCCAGGGUAUGGAUACAGGCUGGAAUGCCCUGUGUAAAAUGUGGGAUAGCAGGCAGAAGUUCCUUAACCAGUGUCUUGGCUUCCAGGAAUUUCUCAAAGAUGCAAAGCAAGUGGAAAUUAUCCUUACCAAACAGGAAUAUACCUUGGCUCAUAUCGAGCCCCCAGACACCUUGGAAGCAUCAGAAGCUGCUAUCAGAAAAUAUGAAGAUUUCCUCACUACCAUGGAAGCUAAUAAGGAAAAAAUCAUAGGAUUGGUGGACAAUGGGAACAAGCUUGUGGCUGAAGGAAAUAUUUAUUCUGAUAAAAUUAAGGGGAAAGGCCAACUGAUUCAAGAGAGAUACAAAACAAAUACUGCAAAAUCUCAGGAGGCAUUAGUGUUGCUGAAGGACAAUCAUGAUCUACAGAACUUCCUACAAAAUUGCCAGGAGCUUACCCUUUGGAUUGACGAGAAGAUGCUCACAGCUCAAGACACAUCCUAUGAGGAAGCACGGAAUUUGCACAGCAAAUGGCUGAAGCACCAAGCUUUUAUGGCAGAACUUGCUUCUAACCAGGGGUGGCUAGAUAAAGUAGAUGAGGAAGGACAGCAGCUGGUAGAGCAGAAGCCCCAGUAUGAAGAUGUUGUUUGCCAGAGACUAAAGGAGCUGCACAAACUUUGGGACAAGCUGCAGGAAACCACUAAGAAGAAGGCUCAGCACCUGUUUGAUGCCAACCGCUCUGACCUUUAUGCACAGAGCUAUGCUGACCUUGGUGCAUGGAUUAGUGAAAUGGAGGAGCAGCUGAAAUCUCCUGUCCAAGGGAAAGAUCUCACCAGUGUCAAUAUCCUACAGAAGAACCUGAACCGACUGGAAGAGCAAGUAAGUGCACGGAAGAGAGAGAUGGAAGACUUGCUGUACCCACCUCCAACCAGAGGAGAUGUGCAGGAAGUAGAUAGCAAGCAUGAGAUCAUGCAGAGGAGGUUCCAAGAUCUUCUAGAGCCACUGGGUAAAAGGAGGAAAGAGCUGGAGACGGCCAAGGCUAGAUACCAGUUGGAUCGGGAUCUGGCAGAUGAACUGCUUUGGGUGCAAGAACGUCUUCCCCUUGCUCAGUCUACUGACCAUGGCACAGACCUCCUGUCGGUACAGCUGCUGAUAAAGAAAAACCAGACAUUGCAGAAGGAAAUUGCUGGCCAUGCCCCACGCAUUGAGGACGUCCUUUAUAGAGGGGAGAGCAUACUGGCUGGAGCAGAUGGGGACCGGGACUUCAGGGAUGUUGAAGAGCGUCUUACGCAGCUGAGGGAGUCCUGGAGCACUUUACAAAAGGAAACUUUAAAGAGAUUGCAGCGCUUGGAAGAAUCACGCGAAGCUCAGCGAUAUUACUUGGAUGCGGGGGAAGCACAGGCCUGGAUCAGUGAGCAGGAGCUCUAUAUGGUAGCAGAUGAGAAGCCAAAGAAAUCAUUGUACAGAAGCAAGGCAGGAUCCCAUCAAUGGCAAGAGAUUUUGUGGUUCCAGGAUGAAGAGAAUGGCAUUGUGAUGCUGAAGAGACAUCAACGCCAGCAGCGAUCCAUAGACGACUAUGGGGAAAACAUCAAGAAGCUGGCUGGCCGGGCUCAGAAGCUGCUAUCUGCUGGCCACCCAGAAGGAGAGCAGAUUAUCCGGUUGCAAGGGCAAGUAGACAAGCAGUAUGCUGGCUUGAAGGACCUGGCUGUGGAACGUAAACGUAAACUGGAGCACAUGUACCAUCUCUUCCAGCUGAAGCGAGACGUUGAUGACCUGGAGCAGUGGAUUACAGAGAGAGAUGUAGCAGCAUCAUCACAAGAGAUGGGGCAAGAUCUCGACCAUGUCACUUUGCUGCGGGAGAAGGUCCGUGACUUCGCCCUGGAGACGGGAAGCAUCGGGCAGGAGCGGGUGGACAACGUCAGUCUCGUAAUUGAGCAGUUGAUUGAUGCUGGCCACCCGGAGGCUGCCACGAUUGCGGAGUGGAAGGACAGCCUGAAUGAGAGCUGGGCUGACCUCUUAGAGUUGAUUGACACCAGAAUGCAGCUGCUGGCUGCCUCCUAUGACCUGCACAAGUUCUUCUAUGAUGGUGGUGAGAUCCUGGCUCUCAUCAAAGAGAAGCACAAGGAGCUGCCUGAGGAGUUGGGCCGGGAUGUCAACACAGCAGAGUCUUUCCAUAGGACUCACACAGCCUUUGAGCGAGAUAUCCACUCAUUGGGAGUGCAGGUUCAGCAGUUCCAGGAGGUUGCAGCCCGUCUACAGGCAGCCUAUGCUGGGGAACAGGCAGACACUAUCCAGAAGCAAGAGCAGGAGGUGGUGCAGGCUUGGAAGGCCCUGCUUAAUGCUUGCGAGGGGCGGCGGGCUCAGCUGGUUGAUACAGCGGAGAAAUUCCGCUUCUUCGGCAUGGUCCGGGACCUCAUCUCUUGGAUGGAGAGUGUCAUCCGGCAGAUUGAAACACAGGAAAAGCCCAGGGAUGUUUCAUCCGUGGAGCUUCUGAUGAAAUACCACCAGGGCAUCAAAUCUGAGAUAGACACCAGAGACAAAAGCUUCACUGCCUGCAUUGAUCUUGGCAAAGCAUUGCUGCAGCGCAAGCACCAUGCUGCAGAUGAGAUAAAAGAGAAGCUGGUGCAGCUGACGGAUAAGCGGAAGGAGAUGAUGGAGAAAUGGGACAGACGUUGGGACUGGCUUCGUUUGUUGCUAGAGGUGUGUCAGUUUUCCAGGGAUGCCUCGGUGGCUGAAGCAUGGCUUAUUGCCCAGGAGCCCUACCUGUCCAGCGGUGAUUAUGGACAGAAUGUGGAUGGUGUAGAGAAACUGCUAAAAAGACACGAAGCCUUUGAGAAAUCCACAGCCACCUGGGAGGAGCGUUUUGCUGCACUGGAGAGGCUGACCACCCUUGAAUUACUAGGGAAGAGGAAGAUCCCAGAGGAGCCUUCACAGCACAAAGUAGCUAGAACCCUGGACCUGGAUUUCGACUCUGAACCAGAUCUAGAACAUGAGCUGGGAUUGAAAGAAGAGGGCAAGAAAGGCUUAAGUUCAGAAGAAGCCCUUCCUCCUGCUGCAGAAGACUCAUCACUGCAAGUGCAAGAAAAUGAGAAGCCAGGUCAUGAAACAGUCCCAGAGGAGAUUCAUGAAGAAAAACUGCCUGAGACCGAGAUCAAAGUGGAUGGUGAAGAAACUUCCACUAAGGAGUCACUGUUCAAAGUGGUCCAGACCCCUGUGAGUGAGAUCGAUGAGACAGCAACCCUACCUGCACAGCUAGACAGAUCUCACACUGUUCAACUUGAGGGCUACCUGGGGCGGAAACAUGAUCUCGAGGCACCUAACAAGAGGUCUUCCAACAGGUCCUGGAAUACGUUAUACUGCGUACUCAGGAACAGUGAACUGACAUUCUAUAAGGAUGCCAAGAGCUUAGCCUUGGGUGUGCCUUACCAUGGAGAGGAGCCUUUCCGGCUGAAGAAUGCCUUCUGUGAAGUAGCUGCUGAUUACAAGAAGAAGAAACAUGUCUUCAAGUUGAGACUCAGCAAUGGGAGUGAAUGGCUCUUUCAUGGCAAAGAUGAGGACGAGAUGCACACCUGGCUCCAGGGCUUCAGCACAGCAAUAAUUGAAUCCCAAAGCAUUAAAACCAAGGCCCAAAGCCUGCCUCUGCCUUCCAUCACUACCAUGGAUGUGAGUCUGACCAAGAAAGAGAAGGAGAAGAGAUUCAGCUUCUUUCCCAAAAAGAAAUAGCCAAACAGGUGGCUUGGUCCAGUCAAAUGCCUCUGCUCUAAUGUGCGUAAUGGAAAACUGCAUGUGUGAGUGUCCCUGGGCACUCCUGGCCCCACUCAGCACUGUUCUCAUCUCCUCAACACAGCCCUGCUUCUCAUUUCCCAUGACAUCCCCAUGUCUUCCCAAAGGGCAUCUAGCCAGUGCUUCAGAUAGGAAAGCAACAUCCCUGCUCCAAGAUAGCCAGUAUUCUCUAAAGCAGAGCAAUGAGUUAAGUAUCCUUGCUUGACUCACUGGAAAGGCAGUUCAGCAAGGCUUAUCUUGUGUGUGAUGCUUUGUAGACCAAGUGGACACCACUAAAAACACCCCCAAACACCUUGCUUCAAUAGAAAGAGGCAUGUCAAUUUCAGGGACAUUUCAAAGGAAAGGAGGCUAGCAGGGACCUAGGCAGCCGAAAGGGGGGUUGGUGAAAACUUGCAAGCUCUAUGUGUGAUUCUGGAGCAGUUUCUCUUCCUACAGAGCUUGGAAAUUUGUCCCCAGUUCCUACUGAAAACCAAGGUCCCCAUAAGCUGCUUCCCCUAAUUUCUGUUGGAACAGAACUGUCUCAUGGAACUUCACUGUCAUCUGUGGAGUCAGAAAUGAAGGGCCCCUUCCCUCAAGAAUGCCUUGAGCCCAGCUUCUGGAUUGUAGCAAUGCUGAUGCUGGAAGAUUGAUUUCAGCAGGGCAGGUACUCUUCUCUGUAGACACUUGUGACACACACUUACAUGCACAGUACUAUGUCACAAAGCACAGAAGUCUUUUUCUCACCCAAAAGAUUUGACCUGUCUUCCACUCACCCGGCUGAUUAUAAUGUAUCAGGAUAGCAACAAAACAAGGACAUCACCCAUGUUCAGAGUUCUGCACUAAAUUGGUUACAGUUGAGAUGUGUUUGAAAUACUUCUAUUUCAGGAGAGUAGAAUUAUAUUCACCUGCUAUAAAUGCUUAUAAGCACAAUCCAGCAAAAGUUAAGUUGCAAUAAAGUCCUUGCAAACCAUGAAAUGGGAAAUUGUUUUGAUGAACUUCAGCCCUAUUGAGUCCAUUGGGGCUUCGUUGUAACUAACUCUUGGUGGAUAGUGGCCCGUGUUACUUAAUGAAUUUAUAGUAAUCCCAUUAUUUAUGCUGGUGUUCUUUGUAACUAGCCUGAAUCUGGGUGUCCGGUCAGCAUUCUGGAAACACUUGGUUCUGUGCUGGCCCAGCUCUCCAAAGCAAAUGGCUCCUCCAUUGUUCUCUUUGAGCCCCUGUUGCACCCAAGCAUGGCCUACAAUAGUUCACUGAACUGCUUGCACCUUUUUUAGAGUGGUGUGUGGCUCAGUCACUGCAGCUGCACAGUGCUAGUCCCAGCUGCCCCCUCCUGCAGAUACCCUCUGCCUGUCAAGUGUAUGUGUGUGUGAGAAUGGCUACUUAAAAUAUAUACAGGCACAUUCUAAUCCUGAAUUUAUGAACUCCACCAGCCCCUUAUUAAGGGCAACAAUUCAGCUCAACAGGCAAACAGCAGCUCAGCUGAAUUGCUUUGGGGGAACAUAUUCCUAGGGAGCUAAUAGCUUAUGGCAUUAAGAGGAGCUUACAGAAUGGCCUUCUCUCACAAUGGCCUCUUUGCAGGGAUGGUAAUAUGGGCUGGGACUUGUUGGGGUUCCUGUAAUACCAGACUCCCAUUGUUCAAUUGUCUUUUGAGCACUCCACCCCUAGGGCUCAUUGCUGUUUCUAAGAAUCCAUCACAUUUUCUUUGGGGAUGCCAUAGACCAUACUGAAAGUGCCUUAACCUAGGGGCCUCCCAUAAUCAUCACUCCAGGAGUGAGCAAGCUCUGUAAACACCACGUAGAGCCUGAUCCUCCCGACUCUAACAGAAGUGACAAACCAUCUCUUGGUGCAAGAGAUGCUCUUGAGAGAUUGAGGGGCUCUUCUUUGCCUUGCACCCACCAGCAGCUGUGGAGAGGAGGAGAGCUUUGCUGAAAGGAGAUUCCCGUGACUGUGGAUCCAGGCGCAAAAGUAAAACCUUGAGGCUGAAGCAGAGGACAUUCCCAGGUGUUACUUUUUGUUAAGUUUCAAAGUAUUACAUUUUUCCAGCGCUCCUGGGCUGUAAUGGGUAGUCCACAUUGGCUGUCUUGCUGUUGUGAUGGGAACAUCAGAUUUUCCACAAUGCUAGAUUGCUUAUAAAAGCUAUACAACUAAGCUGCUUUUAUUAUAGUAUUCUGUGUCAUGGAUUAACACAGCAUGAAUACCACUGAAUACUGUGAAUGUAGUUCUGUAUUCCAACAGCUAACCUGCCAGCCCUUCACUGCCAUAAAGGAAACCUUUGGUUUCCUUUAUGUUUGGAAGUUGUAUGUACACCAAGCUACCACCAAGCCAACUUUUAGGAUACUGGUAUAUUCUAGAGCUGCAUCACAGAUUGUGCCAAAUUGCACAGGAUUUGGUUCUCUCUCUAACUCAAUUCUUCAGGGAAAUAAAUGAAUACUUACAGUGUAGAACAAGAGGUGAAAAACAAAACUGGCAGUUUUACUGAACACUGUAUUACUCAAUAGGCCCUGAUGUGUUACAGUUGGGAACUCCAGGGAAGAGCAGAUGAUGCCAUAUAUGCCCUUGUAGUAGAAGGCCAACCAUCUAAUACUUCUUGUCUAGCAGGAACAUGUAAAGUAGCAUGUUGUAACAACACAGUCUUAAAUACUUGUGGUCAAUCCACAACAUUGCUACUACAGAUGUGGAGCCCAGUGUUAUGCAAGAUUCAGCACACUUACUCAUUGACCAGAUGAGCAAAUGAAGCUGUCUUAUACUGUAUCAGACUGUUGGUCCAUCUAGCUCAGUCUCAUCUGAGUCUACACUGACUGUCAGCAGCUCUCCAAGGCUUCAGGCAGGGUCAUUCCCAGCCUUACCUGGAAAUGCCAGGAAUUGCACCUGGGAUCUUCUGCAUGCAAGGCUUGUGCUUGAUCCAACCAAUGAGCUUAGGUGCAUUUAAAACUCUGCUUGGGGGCAGGUUGUUGUGAUGAAAAGAAGCACCAUACAAGGCAGCUUUAAUCCGACUGUCUGGGGAAAACUGUAGUACUGGGCAGAUCUUCUGCUUAUGCAGAAUGCCCUCAAGUUCCAUUCCCAGAAGCGAGCAUGGAAACCGAGUUCAGUGAAAAGGUGCCUCAUGGACACAAAGGAGAGAUCCAAGAGGUCAAAAGGAAAUUCCUAUACCAGGGAUCGCUUUUCAGGUCCACCUCAUAUGCUCAGUGCACUUGCUUGAAGUAAAUAUCCUUGCCUGAUAAGACAGUGUUGUCUUAGCUGCUUACCCUCAAAUUGCCAUCCAGUCUGCUCACUCACAAUCACUUACCAUGAGUUAGGAGUACCCUUAAUCCUCUAAUCUCCCUGCCAUACUCCUAAUUCAGGGUGCUGAAAGGCUGGGAUUGCCCCCACUCCAUACUUAUGGGGGAAAGGGACACUAAUCUGCAUUCCCAAGUGAGUACAGAAUGGCUUAAUUAAUCCUGAGAAAAAGAAGUGCAAGUCUCUGACUCGUGUGGAAAAUGACACACACACACCCCUCAUAGCCUGGAAAAGAUCUUGAGUACUAGGGAUUCUGCAGCUUUAGGAACGGUUUCACAUAAAAUAAUAAAGCACAUGAGAAUUAGGAUGGAUUGAGUCAUGACUCUCCUGCAAAUGCCACCAGGAAAAGUAAUCGCUGCUGACCAUGCUAUCCAAUUGCACUUGUUCACCAGCCUUUGGGGCUUCAGAGGCAUCUUGGAUAGCAAGCUCCACCACCACUGCCUUCCUUGGGGAAUCCUUUCACCUGUGACUCUUGAGUUUCGUGUAUGUAUGGUGCAAUGCUUGUUUUCAGAAGACAGACCACAAUGCUAGGCCAAAAUGCUCUUUGAGACUAUUCCUGGUUUAUGAUCACUGCCCUGCACUAUGUGCUAGUAGGAUUUUUGUGUAAACCUUGUGUACAUUUUUUACUAUGCUGUUUCUCUCUUUCACUUGCUCACUCACACCCCUUUUUUUGUACACAGCAUAUGAGUUAUGCUCCCUUCCCUUCCCCCUUCCUAAAGUCUUGGUCUCAGCCUGGCAGGUUUCAAGUACAGUUAUCAAUGUAGCACUAUCACUCACUGCAUUGUGCUCCUACCCAUUACAGACCAGGAAUGUUGCUGUUGGCCCCGUAGGGAACAUUUGCCAUCUGGUGAGUUGCAACCUCACCCUGCCUGGCUGCGCCCAGCUCUUCCACCUUAGAGGGCUUGAUUCAGCUCUCAGGCCUGCCAAGUGGCUUCACCUCCGUUAAGCUGCUCUCCCAUCCAGCUUAGCUCUCCAAGACCCCACUGAUGCAGGAGUAACAGAGUUCCACAUCACCAGGCCCAGAACAUGUUUGCUUCUGAGUAGCAUGGACUGUUUCGUGGCAAAAGGAGAACAGCUGAAGCAGCCCAGUACCUUUCAUACAGGUUCCUGGGGUUGGGGUUAAUUCUUUUUUUAUUUUGAUGGCUAGACACCAAGAUCCACCUGCUCCAAUGUGCUUCCACUGUCCAGAGAAAAGAGCUAAAGCUUCAGAAUGUGCUUCAGAAGCAAUUUAAUAACAUUUUUCUAAUAAAUUAACAAAUAAACCCUU